CAAAAUUCAGCCAAAAGAAAAGAAAAAAAAAAAAAACAACAACAAGUCAGAUCCCUAAAAAUCGAACCCGGACGCGUAAAAAAACUUGAAAACCGACUAUGGCCUUUCACGUAGCUUGUCCAAUUACAUGCCGGAAAAUUUGCUUCUGCGUGUUGGGUUUUUCUCGGAAUCUUCAUGGUAAACAAGUGAAAGAUGUGUUUCUCAACGAGAUCCAUUCUCUUCAAGACUUCUUGCGAGACCCCUGGGGUGAUGAGGAGGUUUCGGCGGACGGUGGUGCCGUUCAGAUCCAUGUCCCUAAGCUCGCUGUGUUUGAUACUACUGGUCCUCGUAUUGCGGCUAGAGGGAAUGAUUCGGCGGUUGAGGUUGUUGCUGCUGCUGCAUCUUCGGAUUUGGUGCCAGCUAAACGCACUGUUGUGUUGCAGAAGAAAGCAGCUGUUGUGGAUUGUGCUGCUGCUAAUGAUGCUUCUGACGAUUUAGAGGUUACUGUGAAAGAGCUUAUUGGAGAAGAUCAUGAUCAUCACAGUGGAAGCAUAACGUGUCACAUGUGCUAUUUGGUUGAAGUUGGGAAGAGUGAGAAAGCCAAGAUGCUUUCUUGCAAAUGUUGUGGCAACAAGUAUCAUAGAAACUGCUUGAAGACUUGGGCUCAACAUAGAGGUAUCNUUAAUUGGAACUCUUGGGCUUGCCCCUCUUGCCGAAUCUGUGAGGGCUGCGGGACUCUAGGGGAUCCAAAGAAGUUUAUGUUCUGCAAAAGAUGUGAUGCUGCAUACCAUUGUGAUUGCCAACAGCCUCGGCACAAGAACGUUAGUUCUGGACCCUAUUUGUGUCCUAAGCACACCAAAUGUUACAGCUGUGGGUCUACAGUCCCUGGGAAUGGCCAGAGCUUACGAUGGUUUUUGGGGCAUACUUGUUGUGAUGCUUGUGGAAGGUUGUUUGUUAAGGGAAAUUAUUGUCCUGUAUGUUUGAAGGUUUACCGGGACUCGGAAGCAACACCAAUGGUGUGUUGUGACUUUUGCCAGCGCUGGGUUCAUUGCCAGUGUGAUGGAAUCAGCGAAGAGAAGUACAUGCAGUUUCAAGUGGAUGGAAAUCUUCAAUAUAAAUGUUCUACUUGCCGUGGGGAAUGCUACCAGGUCAAGGAACUUGAUGAUGCUAUACAGGAAAUAUGGAAGCGAAAAGAUAUUGCUGAUAAAGAGCUAAUUGCUAGCCUGAAAGCUAGUGCUGGGGUAGUUGGGCAAACUGGUGGUGCCUCUCUUAUCAGUCAGCCUAGAUCUGUGGAAAGAAAAGUUUCUGAGAAGGCUAUGGUCAAUGGUGAAGAAGAGAAGCCAUUGAGAGUUCUCAGGAUAAAGACUAGCAAGCCUCAAGAUUCAGAUAGUGAGAAAUUUGGAAAACACACUACAGAGCUGAAUACUGUGAAGGCGAAAAAAUUGGUGAUAAGUAUAGGUCCUCGAAAGACGGGGGUUACAAACUCUACGAGCUGCGAUGUAUCAAAGCUUUCCUCCAAAUCCAAUAGAAAGCAAGAAAAAUUGCAAACAGAAGAAGUGUUGUCCCAAGAACAGCAUCGCAGUUUGUUGGGAAAGAAUAAUGACGAAAAGAGAGGGUCUCGAGGUGAAGUAGCCACUUCAAAGGCUGAGGGCGGAAUCAUAGGGAGACACUCAGAAAGCAGAGGAGAUUUAAAUAGUGGCUCGCAUGAUUCAUUGCAGAAAGAUUCAAGACGAUUGUUGAAACUGAAAAUAAAGAAACAUAAUCCGGAGAGCCAAGAAGGUGAAGCCCCUAGCAUUGUCUAUGAAAGAGGUAAAUCUGGUAAAGGACAUAGGUCUAAGAGGAAAAGAGCAUCACCUCCAGCAGAAAAGUCAGGGUUCAAUGAAGAUGAAGAUGCAUCGCUGUCACGUGAAGACAGUUUGUUAGACGAAAUGCUUGAUGCUAGUUGGAUUCUGAAGAAAUUGGGGAAAGAUGCGAAAGGGAAAAAGGUUCAAAUACACGAGGCCUCGGAUAAUUCAUGGGAGAAAGGAGUGGUGAGUGAAGUAGGAGGAGGAGGCACAUCGAAGUUGAUGGUGACGCUGGAGAAUGGAAAAGUGAAGACGGUUGAGCUCGGGAAGCAAGGGGUUCGAUUUGUUCAUCAGAAACAAAAGAGGACAAGAACGUGAGGGCUAUAGAUUCUUCUUCUUCUUCUUCUUCUUCUUCUUCUUCUUCUUCUUCUUUACCUUCUAUACCUUUAGAAUCUGUAUGUAACUUGAUUAGCUUCUUUCUUUUUUUUGCCUGGGAACAAGUAUAAAAGAACUGCUGAGGGAAAUAAGAGUUUUAAAAUUGUAAUAGAUUUGAUUAAAAGUUAGAAGGAUGAAUUCAAAACAUGCAUUUGAAAUUAUUUUAUGUUCUUGAGUCUUGA